UCUGACCCCUCCCGGCCGAGCCUCGUCCUCGCCUCCCCCUCCCCAGCCCCACUGGGCCCAGGCCCCCCUACUUCUGCCUGCGCUGUGACCCCCCCAACCGCCGGCACGGCCCCGCCCCCGCUGCCCCGGUGGUGGCCCACGGCCCCCCGGCUGCCCGUGGUCAAACUGGAGUCGCUGAAGCGCUGGAACGAAGAGAGGGGCCUGUGGUGUGAGAAAGGGGUGCAGGUGCUGCUGACAACCGUGGGAGCCUUCGCCGCCUUCGGCCUCAUGACCAUUGCCAUCAGCACCGACUACUGGCUGUACACGCGCGCUCUCAUCUGCAACACCACCAAUCUGACGGCCCCCGACGACGGGCCGCCCCACCGAGGGGGCGGCGGCUCCUCGGAGAAGAAGGACCCCGGCGGCCUCACCCAUUCGGGCCUUUGGAGGAUCUGCUGCCUGGAAGGGUUGAAAAGAGGCGUCUGCGUGAAGAUCAACCAUUUCCCGGAGGACACGGACUACGACCAUGACAGCGCGGAGUAUCUGCUCCGAGUUGUCCGGGCCUCCAGCAUCUUCCCCAUCCUCAGCGCCAUCCUGCUGCUGCUCGGGGGCGUGUGUGUGGCAGCCUCCCGGGUCUACAAGUCCAAGAGGAACAUCAUUCUGGGCGCAGGGAUCCUGUUCGUGGCAGCAGGCCUGAGCAACAUCAUCGGCGUGAUCGUGUACAUCUCUGCCAACGCGGGCGAGCCGGGCCCGAAGCGGGACGAGGAAAAGAAGAACCACUAUUCGUACGGCUGGUCCUUCUACUUUGGCGGGCUGUCAUUCAUCCUGGCCGAGGUGAUCGGCGUGCUGGCCGUCAACAUUUACAUCGAGCGCAGCCGCGAGGCACACUGCCAGUCUCGCUCGGACCUGCUCAAGGCCGGCGGGGGCGCGGGCGGCAGUGGCGGGAGCGGCCCCUCGGCCAUCCUCCGUCUGCCCAGUUACCGCUUCCGCUACCGCCGCCGCUCCCGCUCUAGCUCCCGCUCCAGCGAGCCAUCGCCGUCGCGGGACGCGUCUCCCGGCGGCGCCGGGGGUCCAGGCUUCGCAUCCACGGACAUCUCCAUGUACACGCUCAGCCGCGACCCGUCCAAGGGCAGCGUGGCGGCGGGGCUGGCGGGGGCCGGCGGCGGGGCGUUCGGCGGCGCGGCUGGGGGCGCGAGCGGCGGGGCGGGCGCCGAGCGGGACCGCGGGGGGGCACCUGGCUUCCUCACGCUGCACAACGCCUUCCCCAAGGAGGCGGGCGGAGGCGUCACGGUCACUGUAACCGGGCCCCCAGCCGCGCCCGCACCUGCCCCACCAGCGCCCGCCGCGCCCGCCCCUGGGACCCUGGCCAAGGAGACCGCCGCCUCCAACACCAACACCCUCAACAGGAAAACCACGCCGGUGUAGGGGCGCGCCGGGGGCGCCGGGGGGCGUGGCCGGGGCGCGUGCGCGGGCGCGCGUGCAACGAGGCUGCCAGGGGUUGGAGGUGCCUCCCUCCUUCCCCGUGAGCGCGCUGGAGACUGUUUGGCCUUACCCCUGCGACCCCUCCCCAUCCCCCGGAGGCGGGGAGGCCCCCCCACCCCCCCAUCAGGGAUCAGGGACCCCGAUGGAGGGGUAAGGGGAGGGAAGGGAGGGGCCGUGUGAGGGAACGUCGUGUUUUAUUUUUUUGUGGGGUUGGGGGGAGGGGGGAGGGCUGUGGUGUUUUUUGCAGUUUUGAGAUGUUUUCUUUUUAAUGUUUUGCUGUGUGCAUGUGGGGGCGGGGCGGGGGGCGGGAGGGACUCCCAACCCAGCCCAACUCCUGGAGAGGGGCCCAUAACUCACGAAUAUAUAGUUAUACCUACAAACUAUAUGCUCUAUAUCAAGAGACAGGUAAAGAGAAGGGGUGAGGAAAGGUGGAGUGACAAGGCAUGGACGUGGACAUUCAUUUAUUUUUUCAUUCAUUAUUCCACAAGGGUUUACUAUUUUCAUUUAUUACCGGCAAUUUAUUUGUGCACCUAAGUGCUAGACAUUGUGCUGAAUGUUGAAUACACAGCGAGGAAGACAAACAGGGCCCCCAACGUCCUUAUGGAGUUUACAUCUCUUGUGCAUUAGACAGACAAUCGAAAACUGCACAACAGUAAGUUGCCGUUAGGAUAUAUGAGAAAUCCAAAGUGCUACAAAAUGCUCCAUCAGAGGGGCUUAACCCAGAUUGAAAGGAAGGGAUAUUUUAGCUGACACUGAAAGGAUGACAAGCUAGCCAAGUGAAGCUGGGGGGAAGUGUUUAGCCGGAGAACAGCAUAUGCAAAGGCCCUGGGGCAGGAGGAGCUUCCAGAGAAAGCCACCUAGUAGUGAGCCAGGUGCAUCUGUAACAACGUGAGGCUGGAGACAUGGGCAGGGCCAGACUGACUGGAGACUUCUAGGUUAGGUGUGGAGUUUAAACAUUAUUCUGAGGGCAGUGGGGAGCCAUGAAAUGAAUGGCUUUCAGUAGGAGCACAUUGUGAAUGGUGUACAAAGGGGAAGCAGGAACUCAAGAGAUGAGAGUUAGAGGCAGAGACAUGCUGGAAUUCAGCAUCAAACAGGCACUGGUCCUUGAAGUUCACACUAGUGGGAGGAAGCAGAUAAUGGCACAAACACUGAAGCACAGGAAUGGUGUCUGGCAUGCAGGAAAGGUGCUGGGACUUACAGAUUAGUGUUUCAUUCAUUCAUUCAGCCAUUCACUUGCUGACAUUUUUGAGCUGCUAAUGUACCAGGCAGCAGUGCACUAAAAUCAGGAUACCCUGAGGUGAAACAAUGAAGCAGACCCGACAGGAGCCUUUAAACACCACAAUCUAGGCAGGACUACCACGAUGAGCACCUUCAACAGCAGAGUGACCAGCUGCCAGGAGUGGGCAGUACUCAGAAAUUUCCCGGAGAAUGUCAGGCCCAGCCUGGGUUUCAGAAGGAGUCUGCCAGAUGAUGAAGGGGUGAGGAAGGCUUUUGGGCAAAAGAACUACUCGGGCAAAGGCCUGGGGGAGUGAAACAGUGCAGGGCAUGGGGGCGAGAGGUAAGCCCAGAGAAGCGGCUAGAAGCCAGAGUGUGAGGUGCUGGAGUUCCAGGCAGAGGGGUUGGGAUGUCCUAAGGGUAGUGAGGAGACACGGGAGAGCUUUGAGCAGGCGAAGUGCAGAAUCAGGUGGUGUUAAAAGGAGCCUCCUGGGAUGAGACGGGUGCAGUGAGAGGAGGGCAGUUGAACUGGACAAGGGCUGUGGGGGUGGAGAGGAGUAUGAGUUUGAAGGUCACUGAGGACACAGAAGGGCUGGUGCUUAGUGGGUGUUCCUUCAUUGGCUCAGCAAAUAUUUCCUGAGGUCUCCCAGGUGCCAAGCCCCGUACUGCAAGAUGCUGGGAGUGCAGAGAUGAUUCAGGUCCUGCCCGCCACGCAGGGGAUCCUAGUCCCCUGGGAAGACAGAUGGGACAUAGAGGGAGUGGGCAGCAAUGGCACCAGGCAAUGUCAGGGAGAGAUGCUGGGAAAUGUGGGGCAAGGAAUACAAAUUAGCAAGACUGGAACUUGGUGUAGGGAUGAUCAAUGGAGAGAAGGGGGACAGGAAGACGCAAGUUUGGUGGGAGAUGGGGCUCUUUGGUGGAGGAGGGGGCAGAACUCGAUAGGGGAUAGUGGUUUCUAGGGUCCAAAGGCCAAAAAGCAAGAAAGAAGUAGAGGAUGGGCAGAGGGAGAGAAAUAGGAGCGGAGUUGGAGGAGGAGAGAUGGAGAGAGGCUCGAGGGAGGGGAGAUGGGGGAGGAAGGAUGAGGGCAAUAGAGACCCAAACUAGGUGAGUCAGUGAGAAAAAGAAAGGCGAUUCAGAGAGGUGAGAAAAAAGGACAGGCGAGAGAUUGAUGCAAAGGUGCAUGAAGAAGAGAGACAUCUGAGAUAUAAAAAUGCACAGAGAUGGAGAGGUAAAACAACAGAGAAAGAUCCAGAGAUCUGCCUAGGAAGAAAUAUGAAGACUUAGAAGUGAGUAUAAUGCAUAGGAAUGACUCAUUUCUUUGCUUGCUUGUUUUCAGUAUUCAAGAAAUAGUCAUUGAGUGCCAUCCUGUUCUAGACUCAGGCUAGGCCCAAGGCCUAUGGUGAGCCGACGGUCAAGGUCCUGCUAUCCUGGAACCCACAGGAGAGGCAAACAAUUAGUAAUAAGAGGAUUUCAGUUUUGGGGAACUGCUUUAAAAACUAGGCAGGAUGUAGUGACAAAGAUCGUGCAGGGGCUUUGAGAAGACCUCCCUGCAGAGGUAACGUUUGAACAGAAACAUGGGUUAUGAAAAGGAAAAGGACAGGGCAAGCUUUCUGGCCACAGCAGGUAGCACAAAUGCCCAGAGAAGUCCCCAGGUUGGCAAGGAGGCUCUGAAGUGGUUGGCAAGUUAACAAGCGUGAGCAAAUCCACGUGAGGUCAGAAGCGCAGGCUGGUACCAGGCCAAUCAUGUAGGGCCUUGUAGUCCUGGGAAGAAGCUUGAAUUUUAUUCUAGACUCCAUAGGAUGAGCACAGGCAUAGAAUGAUUAUAUUUUUAUUUAAACAAACAAACAAAAUAAUAGAGCCAAGUUGUGCUGAGAAUAGAUUUAGGAGUGAAAGUGGCUGUAAGGAGUUAGGGCUGUGAACUUAGUCCAUUUCAGGCCGAUGGUGGCCUGGACACACAUGGAGUCAGGUUGGAGAGCAACGGAAGAAGGGGGCACAGGAUUUUGGAAGCAGAGCUUAUAGUGGAGGCGAACUGGAUGUAGCAGGACAAGGAAAGAGAAACCAAAGUGAGGGAAAGAGGAACUCUUAAUUGGGCAGGUGCCUCUUAAGUGGAUGCUGCUGGGUACCCCCAGAAAGGGGGCCCCCAGGAAGGAGUCAGGAUAUAGGUGGAAGAAUUGGGUGUCCUCUUCUGGACAUGGGUCUAAAAGAGAUGACUGUGGGAAACCCAAGUGGGGUAUCAGGUAGCCAGUUGGUAAUGUGAGACUACAGCUGGGGGGAGAGGUCAUGGCUAGAAAUACAAGUUUUGGAAACAUCAGCAUAUAGGAGAUGUUUAAAGCUGCGGGACUGGAUGAGGUGACCUAGGAGAUGAGUGUGGAUGGAGAGGUGACCCCGGCCGAGCCUGGGGGCAUGUGCAUCAGGGCAGAAGGGGAACAUGAGGUCGCCCGAGACCAGGAGGAAGGUUGGGAAAGCAAAGUGACUGUUGGUUUGAUACCAUGACCUUGAUAUGAGGUCAUUGCAGUGCAGUGGUGGGGACUGGGGCUCUGCGUGAGUGGAAAGAGAAAGAAAGAGGGAGGGAAAGGAGAUUAGACCAUCCUGGUAUGCGACAAGAACCUCCACACGAAAGAAAGUUUGUACCCUUUCUGUGAAAGGAGAGACAGGGAGAUGGUGGACAGAACUGAAAUGAGAGUUGUUACAACAGGCAUACUGAGAAAGAUGGGGAGACCCAGGGCUGGGAGGGGCAUAGAUUCCGGGUGGGGAGAGCAGGUGGACCAUCCCCAGGGCUGCUCUGCCAGCUACCAGCACCAAGCUCACUCAGAAUCCCUCUCUGGAGCCUGUCAAGGCCUGGGAAGAUCCAGUGAAGUGAAAUGAAGAACAGGUUUCACCCAUUCAUUUAAGAAAUUUCCCAAGGCCUUCCAGCUGACCAAGCCCUGCCUCUCAGAGUUGCCUGAGUCGGGAGACAGGUAGGGCGGCCAGUUAGAAUGUAGAGGGAGGUGACAUCUGAUGUGGGCACCUUCCCAAGCUUGGGAGGGGAUGUGUGUGCGUGUGUCAACAGCUCACUUCAUCUAUUCAUUCAUUUGCCCAUACAUUCAUUCAUCUAACACACAUUUCCUAAGGCUUCCUGUGUGGUCCUGGGCUGGGUGGUGCUGAGGAUGAGGAGACAAGUUCCUUCGCACCAGGGCCCUGCCCGAGGCUGGAGAGAGCCGACAGACACUCCCAGUGACAUCCAGGGUGCUGUGUGCUCCAUUGGAAGUGCCACAGGGGACACCAGCCCCACUGGAGCAGCCAACCAUGGGCGAAGGAGUUGGUGAAAGGUGGGACCCACCUGGGCCUUGGGCACAAGGGCUGUGUGUGGGGGUGAAGGGUUGAAGACCAGGAGAGACAGGGAUUCCACACAGCUGUUCUGUCCCUGCCCCUGGGGGAGUGAAACUGGAUGGAAGGUCCUCUGGGGUGCCCCGGUCUAAUAAACUCAAUGA